GACUUCAGUCUUUCGAAGAGUGCGGUAGACACGAUACAUAAAAUGAGUAGUGACGGUCGGUAAAAAGUGAUAUUAUUAUGAAAAAUGUGUACUUCUCUUAAUGGAAAAAAUCAAAUAUUUUGUGUAUACGAAUAAUACAAUGAAUAUGCUAAUUGUGUGAAACUGAAAGGAUUACAACACUCAGCUAUAGAACGGCCAAAAUAUGACGGAACGAAAAUUUACAAGGGGCAUCAGCAAAGUAUCCAAUCAGAAAUUGAGAGAUUGUGUGAGUCAAACUAUACGAGCUAGCAGUGUUCUUAACAAGCCGCUGGUCGUGGAGCCAAUCGAUUUUGAGAAUUUUAUUCUGAAAAAUAAAGUAUUGAUACAGAAUGACCCGCAAAGAGAGCUACUGUUAUCAUUAUAUCCUACAGACGAUGUGUCGCAAGUUAUUCUACCCCGCAAAUUUCGCACUGUCACCAAUAACAUACCAUCAUUUUCGAAUGGCAUCACAGAAUCAGUACCAACAACACCAGCAGAAGACGCGACACAAAUACAAUUGAACAACAAUCAUCAAACUCAUCACGGACUUCUAUUGACCAGACAAGCUCUCCAUACGUACAAUCGAAACAAUAGUUUAGUACAUUACAAGUAUAAUGCAUACAGCGGAUCGUGUCAUGAAUUACCAAGAAUAUCUCCAGCCGACGAAUUUCAGGAAGAAGUCUAUGAAAUUGAUGCUGAUCCAGAUCGGAUUGACGAGUAUAUGACUAGAUCACAAGCGGAUACAAUUACGAAGCAAGGUUUUCUGCUCAAAGGACCCGAUGCUAGCUCUGAACGAAUGUUUGCCCACAUAGGAUCCAAAUCAUUCAAGCGAAGGUAUUGCUACUUGCGACAAGAAGUUGAUGGGACAUACAUUCUCGAACUGCACAAAGAUGAAAAGCAAGGCGAAGCGAAGGCAACAAUCGUAAUGGAUUUUUGUACCGAGGUGGUGCAGAAUCCGAAGCGGGCGAAAUACUGUUUCGAAUUGCACAUGUGCGAAGGACAUAAAUCGUUCACAUUGGCCGCUGAGAAUGAUACAGAACUACAAGAUUGGCUAAACAAAUUGCAUUCGGUCUUGCAACAGAACAAGUUGCAAGAAGAGAAACGUGCCGCAUCCUUGGAAAGAGCACCCCCACCGAGCCCAAGUACUACAAUGUUUGGCACUCUAAAGGGCUUAGAUCAGAGUAUGAAUCCACAGUUAAUGAAAUAUGGACGUGAAACAGAUGUAUCAAUAGCACAGUCCAGACGAGAACAGCGAAAGAGGUUAUUUGCUGGAUACCAAAUCCCCAAUAAAAUCACAAAUGUCGAGAAUAUUGAUCCAUAUCGUGAACAGUUUGGCCAACGCUUUCUGCUAAAAUGCGAAAACCUUAGAUUUCGACUGCAGACACCUAACGAUGCGGAAAACGAAAGUGAUCUCCAGAUCGAGCCGUACAUAACAAGUUUAGCGUUGUAUGAUUCGAAAGCGGGCCGUAAAUUGACUGAAAAUUUCUAUUUCGACAUAAACACCGAGCAAAUUCGUGAAAUGUUUCCAUUUGGCUGUGCAUCGAAAUCUCUUCCACUUACAAAUGGUUCGUCCUAUCUGAACGAUGACGUUAACGAUCUCCUCAAUUUGCCAAAAGACUGGCUAAAAUAUCCAAAACAGGCCAUCUUAAGCAUAACGGCACCACAUCCCGACAUCUUCCUCGUCGUUAAAAUUGAUAAAAUUCUUCAAGGUGGCAUAAACAACACAACCGAACCGUAUCUGAAAUCGCACAAAGAUCCGAAACUUGCGCUGAAAUUGCACAAAAAUGUGAGGGCUUUUCAUCAGAAAAUCGGCCACUUCAGAAUGCCAUUUGCAUGGGCUGCCAAACCAUUAUUCCGUUUAUACAGCAGUGAAUUGGACACAGCCAUUGAAUUUCCAGCCAUAUAUCGUCAAGAGAGCAAUAAGCUCAAAGAUGAAGAACUUCUGAAAUUGUUAGCAGAGUAUAGGAAACCAGACAAGUUCAGUAAAUUGACUGUGAUACCGGGAUCGUUAAAAAUAACCAUUGAGCCGUUGACAGAGUUACCAAACAAUUCACUGACAACAACCUUGUCGCAGCUGAAACCGUUCCCGAAUCCUCCAACUAAUGAACCGUCGCUUGAAUUAACGGAAUUCGUUGGAACGACGGAACGAGAUGUUCAUCCAUUUACAACGUUCAUCAAUCAUCUGUUCAUUUAUCCUCUAACGCUAAACUUUGAUAGUCAAAAGUUAUUUUCACGUGCCAGGAAUAUUGCAGUGAUAGUAGAACUUCGGGACAAUGAUUCUGAAGGCGCAAAGCCCUUAUCGUGUAUCUAUGGACGUCCAGGACAUCCAACUUUUGUGCCAAAGAUUUCUUGUCCUGUCGUUCAUCAUAACACAAAUCCUACAUUUUACGACGAGAUCAAACUGCGGCUUCCCCUGAACAUUACCACCCAACAUCACAUUUUGUUCUCAUUUGUACAUGUUUCGUGUGAUAUGUCAAAGAAACGCGAUACGGGUGCGUCAUUCGAAAAUCCAGUCGGCUACAGUUGGUUGCCGUUGUUGGCGAAAGGAAAAAUUAACAUUGACGAGCAAUGUAUACCUGUUGCUGCCACGUUGCCACCUGGAUAUCUAGCCAUUCAACCGUUGGGGUUGGGAAAAGGGCAGAACGCUGGACCGGACAUUCAAUGGAUCGAUAAUCAAAAACCGCUGUUUUCCGUUACAUUUAAACUGAAUUCAACUGUUCUGACAACCGAUCAGCAUCUGCACAAUUUGUUUUCGCACACAGAACGGAUACUACAGCAGCCAAAAACAUCUGCCAUUCCUGCCGAAACGGAAACAUGCAAAAUUCUUAAGGCAGCACAUGCGAUUCAUUUGUCAGCCGUCAUAACAUUUUUGCCAACCAUCUUGAACCAACUCUUUACGUUGCUUGUUAACACGACAAGUGACGAGAUUGGACUAAAUGUUAUUCGUUUGAUCAUCAAUUUGAUUCACACGAUAUCCGAGGAGGCAUACCGCAAGGAGCUACUAUCAUCUUAUGUAAAGUAUGUCUUUCAAACGACAUCUUUUGAGCAGAAGAAUCAAGGCAGUCCCAAUUCGAUGAACACCGUGCAUGGUGAACUAUGCAAACACUUGCCUACUCUACUUCAUCCAAACAACACCGACUUCUUGAUCAUCAACAAAUUUAUGAAAUACUCGAGCACCUUCUUUGACAUUAUCAUCAAAAGCAUGGCCCAGCAUUUAAUUGGAACGGGUCGGAUACGGAUGCAUCGAAACGAACGAUUUCCGAAGGAUUAUUCCGCAAAAAUUGAAUCUCUGUUCCUCGUUCUCGUUCCAUAUUUGUUCUCCCGACACAAAGAUUUGCCGCUGGAAACCGAACUGCUGAACAAAAGUCUAUCGAUAUUCAUCAAAAGGUGUCUGACCUUCAUGGACAGGGGAUUCGUAUUUAAACUGAUGAGACUGUACAUGAAUCAGUUCUCAACUGGCGACCCUCGCACAUUGUACGAGUACAAAUUUUCAUUUUUGCAAGAAAUCUGUGCACAUGAACACUAUGUCCCGCUGAAUUUGCCAUUUUUAUUGAGCCCACGGCGACCACCAGAUGUUUUGCAACACUUCACACUGUCCGAAGAGUUUUGUCAGCAGCAUUUCUUGACUGCCUUACUAAUGCAAGAGGUUAAAAGUUCCUUGAAUGAGGUCAGUCAUAUUCGACGUCUAGCGCUGCAAACGUUGAAAGAACUUAUAGCCAAACAUGAUCUCGAUGAUCGCUAUCAAAAUAAGGGACAAUUAGCUCGAAUCGCAAUGCUAUACAUUCCCUGGCUGGGAAUAGUGCUCGAAAAUCUUAAUCGAAUCUCCGAUGGUCGAGAAAACAAACGCACCGACUCUACAUCGAUAAUGUCAAAUCGAAUAUCUAGCAGCAGUAGCUACGUUUUUGCUCGAGAUUCAACACCUGCCAUAAGUCACCACAACUCAAUUGUUUCGAAUUCCAGUACGCCAAAGAUUCGCAACCGUUUAACGUUGAACUUUGAUCACCCCAGUCCCGUGCGAGCAUCGUUACACUUAAAAGACAAUGGUUAUUUGGCUGUUAUUGCCGGUCAAAAGUUAACCAACGGCCAUUCGCACACAUCCUUGGACUCGGAAAGUUCAAAUCAAUCGCAGGAUACGACCAUCAUUCGGAAUCCUGACUAUGAUUCCAGUAUACGUCCAUCCCACAAUCGUUCAAUCAGUGUCACUCAACCGUCUGUCAUACCCAGGCUGGACAAAUUCUCGCCGAGUGAAACGAAAGACAUGCUGAUUUGUUUCCUGUUUGUUAUCAAGCAUUUAUCACCCGAUCAAAUGGCGAUGUGGUGGCAGAACUGUACCGAAAGUGAAACGGUUUCCUUUUUCACCGUACUCGAGAUGUGUCUUAUCUAUUUCCGAUAUGUUGGUAAGAAGAACAUAGCCGUAAAUGAAAAAAGUAAUGACAUCAAAACUCGAGCCACUAAAGCGAGUACAUUACCUGCCCGAAUGGUGCCACCGACGUCCGAGUCUGUAAAUAAUUUACACGACACUGGCACAUUGACCCACGCUCAAAAUCGACAAUGUCUUCUGGAAGAAGCUUCAAGAUCUUUUCAAGCGUUAAAAGAAUCAAAUUUCGCAACUGAAAUGGGACUGACGAUUUUGGAUUGCAUUGGUCUGUACACACUUCAGUUUCGCGACAAAAUGCUCGAUGGGAUAGUGUUACCAAAACUACUGCGAGUUUAUUUAAAAUUCCUUCAAUUGGGACAAUCGGAAACGUUGUCCAAACACGUUUUUGCAUCGCUUCGAGCAUUCAUCAAUAACUUCUCGCCGGCCCUAUUUAAAGGGAAUGCAAUUCUUUGUGGCCAGUUGGUAUUCGAACUGUUGAAAUGCUGUGAUAGUCGGCUGGCGAGUCUUCGUCAGGAAUCCUGUGCCGUUCUGUAUCUUCUGAUGCGAAGUAACUUCGAGUUCAGUGGACGAAAGGGUUUGACCAGAGUACAUUUGCAAGUUAUAAUUUCGGUUUCACAAAUGCUUGGCAACGUAAUUGGCUUAAAUAAUGCCCGAUUUCAGGAGUCCCUAUCUCUCAUCAACAGCUACGCAACAAGUGACAAAGCAAUGAGAGGAACUGGUUUCCCGUUGGAAGUCAAAGAUCUGACGAAACGCGUACGAACGGUUCUAAUGGCUACCGCUCAGAUGCAAGCUCAUCAUAUGGACCAAGUGAAAUUAUUGGAGCUGCAAUACUCACUGGCUAAUUCAUAUGCCUCCACACCUGAACUACGUCACACCUGGCUAGUCACAAUGGGUCGGAAUCACGAACAGAAUGGGAAUAUUUCGGAGGCAGCAUGCUGUAAUUUGCACAUCGCCGCAUUAAUGGCAGAAUAUUUGAAAUUACGCGGCGGUGGUUUCAUAAAAUGGGGUGCUGAGUCAUUUGACCGGAUUUCCAGUAAUAUUUCGCGAGACGAGAAAGGUUUAAAAUUGGACAGUGGAGCACAGGAUUCGAAUCAGUACACCGAGCAAAUGUUGCUCGAUCAGUUGAAGGAAUGUGCAGAGUAUUUGGACCGUGCCGAACGAUUGGAAUGUUUAGGUGAACUGUAUCGGUUGAUCAUUCCGAUACUCGAGAAUCGGCGUGACUACCUCGGCUUGGCACAAUGCUAUUCGCAUUUGGAACAGGCCUACAACAAAGUGACCGAAUUCAAUAGAUCGGGUAAACGGUUGCUUGGUCGAUUCUAUAGAGUCGUAUUCUAUGGGCAGCUUUACUUCGAAGGCGACAGUGGCGUUGAGUAUGUGUAUAAAGAACCGAAAAUUACGUCGUUAAGCGAAAUUUCUGAGCGACUACAUAAACAAUACCGCGACAAGUUUGGCGCGGAAAAUGUGAAAAUGAUUAUGGACUCGUCACCGGUAAAUCCGUCCACGUUAGAUCCAUCUAAAGCUUAUUUGCAAGUAACCCAUGUCAUACCAUAUUUCUGCAAGGACGAAUUGGAGUCUCGUCAGAAUGAGUUCGAGCAAAACCAUGAUGUUGAUACGUUCAUGUUCGAAACACCAUUCACUAAAAACGGUACAGCCCGUGGAUCGGUUGAAGAACAAUGGAAACGACGAACAAUACUACGAACUCUGUACUCGUUUCCCUAUGUUCUCCAACGUAUUGCAAUCAAAGACAAGCAGUUCAUUGAACUGACACCGAUUGAAGUAGCUGUUGAUGAAAUGCAAAAUCGUGUGUCCGAGCUGGAAGAGGUGGUCCUUCCACCGAUUGAUGUUAAAAAGUUGCAGCUACGAUUGCAAGGAAGUGUUGCGGUUCAGGUCAAUGCUGGACCGUUAGCAUACGCAACAGCAUUUCUGGAACCACAGCGAUCGAUGCAGUAUCCCAGUGAUAAAGUGGAAGAUUUGAAGGAAGUGUUCAGAGAAUUUGUGAGCAUCUGUAACACAGCUCUGCAAGUAAAUGGUCGAAUGAUCUCGUCCGAUCAACGUGAAUAUCAUUCAGCCUUACAGGACAACUACAAUAAACUGUGCAGUGCAUUGACCGAUUUACUGAACGAAUCGUUUCUACCGGUCGAUGAGUCCGGUAUCAACGCACACCGCAACAGCAUUGCAUUGUUCAGUGCCAUCAGCGGUGCUCCGAGUAACUCGAGUACAGCAUAAGGCUUAGGAUUAAAAGUUUACAUUAUGAUAAUGUGUAUGGGUCAUGGACUGAGAUUUUUUGUUUUGUUAUUAUAACGAUCGUUAUACGGUGACCGAUAGAUAGCAUAGUUAAACUAUGGACAUAUUGUAGCUUAUUAUGAUGUAGGUAAACGUUAAUUGAUUAACUAAUUGAAAGAAAAUUUGCGCAUUUAUAAUAAUCAACAGACCUCAUUUACACGAAAUAGAUGUUUACAUAAAAAGCUUGUGUGUCUACAUAAUACAAUAAUGUAGAAGGUCCAUGUGGGAAUGAUUGACAGUGGCAAUUUGUGGUCCAGAGCUUCUGAGGUACGAAAAGUAAAUAAUUAAACGGAAAACCGGUGCUUCUCCAUUCAAGGGUUCUUCGGUUGAAUGACCUGGAAGUUACACCGUUUUAGUAGCGGCAUCCCAUUCCACAAUUCGUAACUUGAAAAGUUCUUCCUGAUUAACAUGAGAAUCAUUUCAAUUCUAUUGCUCCUAAAAUUUUCACAAUAAAUUCGGAGAAGACUCAAUUUUCGAAAAUUAGAAGGAUUUGUAAAGCAUCGGCGCCCUGGAGCCUCACUACGAUUACUUGUUGUAUGGAAAUGCAAGAUUUCCACAGGUUCAAUAUUCCUACAAGGUUCCUCUAUUGGGGUUGGGUGUGUAUGUCAUGUGAAUUCGAGGAAAAUGUAAACAUUUCUAAAGCAUCCAUUAGAAAGAGCUUUGGAUUUCGUUCACAUUUACAUUUUUUGAUUGCAAAUGUUUAUUUCUGCAUUUAAAUAAAAGUGAAAUGAUUCACCGCCUGAGUCGAUUCAUCCAGAUGAUUUGCGUAGUUGGGCAAUCGAAAAUAUGGCAUUCACUUCAACUACUUCACCACAAUAUGCGAUUAUGUCUUAUCACAACCGCACAUUUACUGUUUGUCAAUCAGCUCGAAACUAGAAUUAUGCAAAAUUUAUACAAACAAAAAAUUAAUCGAAAAUUUUUAGACAAUUUUUACCAGCUGAAUUAUGUGAAAUUAGCUAGAAAUAUAGUUGUUUCGAACGUACUGCAAAUGAUAUUAUGGUAUUUUGUACCCAAAAACUAGGAGAUGAAUAAAGAAAACAGUAAGAAUCACAAAAGAAA